AUGCUGUUCAAGCUGCAGAUUCUGAGCCUGUCUCUAGAACCUGGCAUCCCAUUUAAAGCCAAGGAUGAGCGACCCCGCAACAUCUUUCUGGACCUGUGGAGCCAAGGCCAACCGAAACGGUUUGGGAGCUCGAAGCAGAAGCGCUACGCAUCGGUGGUGCACUUCACCUCCACUCCGGUGACGCUGCAGCUUUCGUUCGGCGUCGGUGGUGUGGCACUGCUCUACAACAACCUCGGUCGGCACACACUGUUCGAGUUCCUCGAUGACCCGCACUCCUCCAAAACCGAAAGGCGACAGUUUCUGCCUUUUGGCCGAGGCGGGCCAGUGUACCACCUGGAGUACAUCCUCAAGCCGGUGACCUGCGCCUACGGGUUCGUCCUCAACGAGAUCUCAUGCCUCAGCCAGGUCUCUUCAAAACUGCGCAAGGAUCCCCUCGACGUCGAGGUGCGCAACUUCGUGGUGACGUUCUACGUGCGCGGGUGGCUGUCGGACCACAUCCUGGGCACCAUCAAACUCCUUCCGCUCGACGAGGUCCUGCAAAACGAUCCGGCCAAGGUGCUGCGCCUUCUCGAUCACCAGCAGCUCGCACACGGCAGCAGCGGCGUCGCCGCGCCCAGAGCCCCCACGCGGACCAAGGUGGACGAGAUCAUGGGAGACAACUGCGAAGCCGACGAGCAGGUCAAAGACGACUAUGCCCGGCUGGAGGAGCUCGCAGGCAAGGGCGGGCUGCUGUUCUCCUUCAUGGACCACCCGGAAGACCCCGAGGAGAUGGAAGAGGAACUCCUCCUUAUUGGCGACGACGAAACGCUGACCACGAAGACGCUCAACUUGAGCUCGCCCGAGGGCGGCUCGUACGUGAUCGUGCUCAGCUUGACGAAGGAGAAAGAGGGCAUGGCCGGCGAUCACGUCGUGCCGGCCCACCUAUGGAACUUCGUGAGUCGGCGGGACUACUACCUGCUGCGAGGCAACGAACCCGAGCCGGACGCCAUUCAUCACCACCGCUCCGACGAAGCGGCCGACAGCGAUAACAACAGCACACGCGGAACGGACGCGAUGGUGGUGCAGGGGAAGAGGAUUGGCGCCAAGGACAUCGAAGGUGACAUGGUGACCAGCGACAGCUUCAGCAACUGGACCCAGGGCAACGAUGUCGACGUGCUCAUCGACGGUUUGGAGACGUUCGAACGCAUGUUCGAGUGCAUGAUGCUUGCGCAACACUCGAUCAGCAUAUUGGCGUGGGAGGUGUCACUUUCGUUCGGCCUCAUACUGGUGCAGCGGGCCAAGAUUCCCAUCCCGCCACUCACACCUCCCUCAGCCAAGUGGGUGAGCCUCGAGGACGUCCUGCUAUCGCGAGCACUCUCCGGCGUGCGAGUGCGCAUCAUCGUGUGGCGGCACGAGCUUGUAUCACACAUCAACCGGAUGCUGUACAUGGGCGAGUGGUCGAUCGACAGCGAAGUGGCCAAGCUACAGAGCCGCUGCCAGAAGCACGGCCUCGGAAUCUAUUCGGCCCACCACGAGAAGUUGGUCCUUAUCGACGCUGAGUGCCCGCCGCACACCGUGGCAUUCACCGGGGGAUUCGACAUUGCGAGGGGAAGGUAUGAUCAGCCGCUGCACCAACUUCCCCGACCCUACUGGGAGGACCUCAACCCGAUGACACCCUCCACCGAGGACCAAAUGAUCUACGGCCACGAGGUCCAGCCGCUGUUGCGCCGCAUUCGCAUUCUGUGGCACGAUAUACAGUUGAUGAUCAAGGGUCCGGCAGCCCAGCACUUCCAGCUGCAUUUUGCCCAGCGGUGGAGUUACGCCUUCACCCACGAUCCCUCCAAAACACGAAACCUCACCCACUACAUUCCGCAUACGAGAAAGGCCUGCAAGCAUAGGCCGCAGGCCAGCUACUCCAUGCGCUAUGGCAGCUGCCCCAUUCGUCUCACGCGAAUAUGGAACGGCGUGUUUGAAGGACAUUUCUUGUUUGACGAGUACAGCAAGAUGAUCACGGGCGCCAAGAAGUUCAUCUACUUUGAGCACCAGUACCCGUUCCAGAACUUUGCCCUCACCUACUACAUGUGCCAGGCUCUGCGCAACAACCCGUCACUGCUGGUUAUCAUUGUGGCGCCGGUGAAGACGGAUCUUCCGCGGGGCAUCGUCGGUGAGUGGAUUGAUUGGUCACAGGACCAGAUCGUUGAGCACCUCCACCUCAUCCACCGGGUUGCGCCAGAUCGCGUGGGCCUCUACGGUUUGGUUCGACAAGACGACCGAACCGAACGAAUAAAACCGAUCUACGUGCACGCCAAGCUGGCCAUCGUAGACGACGAGUGCAUACUGACGGGGACCACCAACAUGGACAACAUGAGCUUCUUCUACUCGUCGGAGCUGUCGGUCACCGUCGCCCACCCGGCCUUGGCCAAGGGCACGCGCGUGCGGCUGCUCAAGGAGCACCUGGGCUCCUUCUACCGCCCGGCCAUGGCUGAGACCGACCACUUCGGCCAGGUGUUCGACACCUUCCGCGACGUGGCCUCGCGCAACAGCGCCAGCCUGCGGGCCAACGGCACCCUGGUCGGGCGGCCCGUGUCGAUGGCCCCCGACAACUACCAGUUCCUCCUCAACCGGGUCUACUACCCCAACAAGCUCUCCAAGUUCCUCUCCAAGACCGUCGGCUGGGACACCGAGGACAUGCUCGUCAAGCUCCGCAGCCGACUCUUCUCCACCACCAAGCCUGAACACCACCGCGGCAGGCCGGGCACCAAGCCCGGGAGUGGACCUCCACCACGCAGCACCGACCGACACCCAAAGCUCAAGGCCCAACUCUAG